UCAUGUAGUAUUGUUCUUUGUGCAACGAAUGAGCGCGAGUCCUGCACCAGUGGCAUUGCCAUUGUGUACAGAGUAAACAGGAGACCAUUUCCAUUGCCCGCGUGUGCAAUUUAUUAUGCCUACAAGUGAAUAGAUGAAGAAACAGAACAUUUGUCGAUCAUCAAACGAACCUCUAACACUUGGUAGCUUGUCCGCAUCAAUUGCUGCGACGGACGCAACCUGCAGAAGAGCUAGACCUCUGAGAGAAGGGAGGACCAACAAGCCAUCAUCAUGGAUGGCAUUUUAUCUUUAGAUUCCACUGAUAUAAAGACUGGUAUCAAGAGGAAGGAUAUCCUACUCAAUAAACCUCAGGUGGAUCAGACGACCAGUCCCAAGAUAGAGGUCAAAGCUGCUCCAGCCGGUGUUAUGUACAAGUUGAGGGAUAUUAACAAAGAGCUGGUUCAAUCUUGGAAGGAGACAUUUAAGGGUUGUGAUCAAGUAGAGGUUUCAGAAGGUGAUAUUUUUAAGAAUGCACCGGCGGCAGAUGCAAUAGUUUCUCCAGCGAAUAGUUUUGGUUACAUGGAUGGAGGCAUUGAUUUAGCAUACUCAAGACAUUUUGGUUGGCAACUCAUGAAUAGGUUACAAAAAUUGAUCAUGACAGAGAAAGAUGGUGAACUUUUAGUGGGUGAUGCAAUUAUUAUACAAACAUGUCAGCAGUUCUGGGGCAACACAGAGAAGACAUCUUGGGAAGGUUUUAAUCAAGGCACACCCAUCAAGUACCUUAUAUCAGCCCCUACUAUGAGGGUACCCAUGGAUGUAUCAGACAGUAUCAACGCUUACUUAGCAUUUAGAGCAGUCAUAUUAGCAGUACAAAAGCACAAUGCAAAUACAAGUAAGACCGGUCUCUUGCCUAUAUCUAGUGUUCUAUGUCCAGGACUAGCUACCAAUGUAGGCAUGAUGCCUCCUAAGAAAUGUGCAAAACAGAUGAAAUGUGCAUAUGAAAUUUAUGAAUUAAAAGAAGAUCAAUACCUUCAGAACCCAGAGAGUUUAGGAAGUGUUUGGGAACAUCAUCUAUAUAUGAAAUCAGAUGAUGACUAUAAUCCAGAAAUCACAUUUUUAGAAGAGAGCUGAGAUUUGGCCUUCUGUUUGUAAAGUACUCUCUAACCUUCCUGC